GGUGUAAACAAGGACAAUAUCCGAGCUGGAUGUAAAAAGUGUGGAUAUCCUGGCCACCUUACAUUUGAGUGUAGAAACUUCCUUAGAGUGGACCCACAGCGAGAUAUUGUGUUAGAUGUGAGCAGCACAAGCAGUGAGGACUCUGAUGAGGAGGACGAGAUUCCAGCCCAGCCAGCACUUUCUGCAGAUAAGAAAAAGGAGGGAGAAGUGAGUAAGAAGAAGCUGAAGAAAAAAAAGGAGAAAACGAAAUCUAAGAAGCCAAAGAAAAGGAACGUAUGUGGUCCCCAAGGAGCAGUCCACAGGCCACCUACCGAGGGAUCACACAGUAACUUACAGGAGCUCUUGAGGGAGGCUAGCACACUAUCUUAUCCUGACCGGCUGAUGUCUCCAAGGGGAAUAUAUAAUUACUAA